CCAAAAAAGUCCCCCGAAAUCGAUAACGAUGGAGUCUAGUAUACUCGAUUCUCUCGGAGUUGAGAUUAUCGGCGUGAUGGCUCCCGUCUCCAUCUGCAUGUUCCUCGUCGUCCUUCUCACCUACUCUCUCUCUGUCACUUCCGACCCUCAGAUCCGUUCCGCCGCUAACCUCAUUUACAUCGAGAAUCCCUCCGACUCCGCCACCGUCAAGCUCGAAGGUAGUCUUGCCAACGCCAUCGUCUUCGUCGUCCUCGUUGCCGCCGUCACCUUCAUCCUUGUUCUCCUCUUCUACUACAAUUUCACCAAUUUCCUCAAGCAUUACAUGCGCUUCUCCGCCUUCUUCGUCUUCGGUACGAUGGGAGGUGCAAUUUUCCUGUCGAUUAUCCAGCAUUUCUCGAUUCCUGUUGAUUCCAUCACCUGCUUCAUAUUGCUUUUCAAUUUCACGAUCUUGGGGACUUUGUCAGUGUUUGCUGGUGGAAUACCAAUUGUUCUGAGACAGUGUUAUAUGGUUGUUAUGGGGAUAGUUGUUGCAGCUUGGUUCACUAAGUUACCUGAAUGGACUACAUGGUCUAUCUUGGUGGCUUUAGCUUUGUAUGACUUGGUAGCUGUUCUGGCACCUGGUGGGCCACUUAAGCUGUUGGUGGAGCUGGCUUCUAGCCGCGAUGAAGAACUUCCUGCUAUGGUUUAUGAAGCUAGGCCGACUGUCUCCUCAGGCAACCAAGGGAGAAACCGUGGCUCGAGUUUAAGGGCUUUGGUUGGCGGUGGUGGGGUUUCAGAUUCUGGGUCAGUAGAGCUCCAAGCAGUUCGGAAUCAUGAUGGAAACCAACUUGGAAGGGAAAAUACUCAUAAUCUGGAUUAUAAUGCUGUUGCAGUGAGGGAUAUAGACAAUGUAGAUGGUAAUGGUAACGGAAACAGAGGUGGUGUUGAGAGGUCACCUCUGGUUGGAAGUCCUAGCGAAGGACAUUUUGCAUCUGCCAUAUCCUCAGAGCACUCAACCCGAGUUGGAACCAGAGGAAAUAUCGAUGACAGAGAAUCUGCUAUAGAUGAAGAAAUGUCUCCUCUUGUUGAGUUGAUGGGCUGGGGAGAUAAUAGGGAAGAAGGUAGAGGUUUGGAGGAGUCAGGUAACGUUGUCGACAGUUCAAAUAGAGGCAUAAAACUUGGUCUUGGAGACUUUAUUUUCUACAGUGUUCUAGUUGGUAGGGCAGCAAUGUAUGAUCUGAUGACGGUUUAUGCCUGUUAUCUUGCGAUCAUCUCCGGACUUGGCUGCACUCUUAUUUUGCUGUCUGUGUACAACCGAGCUCUGCCUGCCCUUCCCAUAUCCAUCAUGUUGGGUGUUAUUUUCUACUUCUUGACGCGAUUAUUGAUGGAGCCGUUUGUUGUUGGGGUGACAACAAAUUUGAUGAUGUUCUGAUUAACCAAAAAUUCUAGUGAAACAAGUAAAUGAUCCUGAUUAUGCUGCUUUAUCCAUGUAUUGCACCUUGUGCUGUCUCAAAUGAAGCAAAUAUGUUUUUAGUGUUGAGCAAUAUUCAAGUGAAACUGCUAAUGUUUAAUGAAUAGUCUCUGAUGCC